GUGUCAUCGAAGAGGACCUUACGACCGAAGGUGAGCCAAGUGAUGGAUAUUGGAAGACAUUAGCCGAGAAGCGUCGUGUUGCAUUGGACAUUUCGUUGAAAGAAAACGAAGAAUUGCACGAAAAAGUGGCCAGUUUGGAAGAAGAGCUCGACAUAUCGCGCACAAUGUUGGAGGAAUCGAGAAAUCUCGUCGAAUUGCUAACAGAAAUCAUUCAUGAACAAGAAGGUGAGGCCAAUGACAGUGGAUUACCGAGCAAUAUCAAUGCCGAUCUAUCAAUGAUUGGCCGCACCGUGGUCGCCUCUGAUUCCAUGCUCACCAACGAUUCCACAAGUGAUGAAGCAGCCGACGACACAUGCGACGAAGAUGCCAUUACUGAUGACGAUCCAAAGUCGGAAUAAUUGAAUUUUGCGAUUUUGUUCUCUUUUACACAGUGUUUAUAUGCAUUAAGUCGUAGUUAAAUUUUCAUACCUACCAUUUCGAGUCAAAUUGAAUUAGAGCUAAGCAGAUUAGGAUGAGUGAACUGAACUUACCAUUUUUUUUUGAUUGAACGAAGUUUUAAAUUUUCAAGUCUUAUCGCGUGAAUAGAAGAGAUUCUUUCUUUUUUUUGAACAAUUAAACGUAGCGGGUUUCUUAGGAUGUAAGCUUUGAAAUGUGAGUUUCAAAUAAAUUCGGAUAUUUGUCACAAAGGACACUCCAAUUCGAUGUGUCAAGCAAAGUAGCUUGUGUGCGAUUUCCAGAUUGAUUUUUUUUUUUGCAUCGUUAAAGACUCUAUCAAGCCGUUGAACUCUAUCGAUUUCAGAAUUGUUUUUUUGUUCGGAACAUUUUAAAUAAAGUAUUCAUUAUCACUUGACCUGCGAUCACAAGCCGUUUCAGUUGAAUUAGAAACUAAGAAUUUUUUCCAUGAAUCUGUAAUAAAAUCGAUUAUUUAUUAAUAAAACAACGAAAUGAAACAA